AUGGCUUUCACAGUCUUCCACUCAAUUUUGGAGGAAGCACUUUUGAUCUUGAUCAUAGGUCUUUCUCAACUAUUUGCUGUUGGUGGUUUAAGUAAUACUGCUUAUUCUAUCGUCCAAAUCGGUCAAUCUCUUGGAGCAACAAGUAACGGUCAAAUGUCAUGGUUUAUGGCAUCCUAUUCGCUUUGUGCAGGCGUCUUCGUUCUGGUAAGCGGUAGGAUGGGAGACCAUCUUGGUCACAAAUACGUCUUUUUGUUCGGUUGGGCAUGGAUGGCGAUUUGGUCUUUGAUCAGUGGAUUCGCUCAUAAUAUUAUCCUUUUUGACGUUGCUCGUGCCAUGACGGGUGUAGGAUGUGGUGCUUUGGUACCAAACUCUUUUGCUCUUUUGACUCGUUCGUUUCCGCCUUUUUCGACAAAGAAAAGUAUUGCUUUUGCUUUUCUUGGCUUUUGCGCUCCUUCAGGAUAUAUUUUUGGUGGUUUUAUUGGAGCGAUUUUUGCCGAAAAAGUUACUUGGCGUUGGGGUUAUUGGUUCUGGGCGAUAGGUUGUCUGGCCUUAUUUGCGUUGUCGUACUUUACGAUUCCCCAUUCUGACUUCGACUAUUUAGGAUCGUUUCUUGCGUCAGUCAUCGGUUGGCAAGAAGGGUAUACGUACGCAUUUUUGAUCGUCGGAGUUGUCCUUAUCUCUUACGAUAAAGCUUCCGUUUUACCAAACAGCUUAUGGAAACGAAAAGGUUUCACGCCAGUCGUUAUUGCAAUGUCUUUUGGUUGGAUGUCGUUCGGGAUAUUCCUAUAUUAUACAACAGUUUUUAUAUUAUUCGUUCACAAAGCAUCACCACUCACUGCUGUUGCUCAAAUGGUUCCAUUAGUAAUCGGUGUUGGCAUUUUUAUCACAAAAGUGCCAGCUCAAUAUAUCUUUGGAGUUUCAAUGUUUUCCUUCUUUAUCGGAAACCUUUUGAUGAGCUUUGCGGAUUAUUCAAAUAUUUAUUGGGCUUUCAUUUUUCCGGCUUGUUUAUUGGUUGUUGGAGGACCUGAUCUAUCUUUUGCUUCUUCUAUCUUACCAGAAGAACAAGGUGUUGCAGGAUCUUUCAUUUCAACCGUAGUUCAGUAUUCUAUCAGUAUCGGUUUGGGUUUUGCUGCAACUGUUGAAACGCACGUCAAUAAUGCUCAAGGUACUAAGCUGAUUCUGGCGUAUAAAGCCGCGCAUUGGUUAGGCAUCGGUCUCGCGGCAAUUGCGUUUCUUAUAGUCAUUUUCUUUGUUCGUGAUCAUAGAUUUGAUGAUAAACAUGAUGAUCAGUAGGCAAGACUUUUAUUACUUGUCAUAUCCUGUACCCU